UCGUCCUCAUUCAUCAUACAGGUGUAUAGCGCGGAGCCUUUUUUCACGAACGGAUAACCUACCCCCCUCGCGAACAUGAAGCUCUUCGUCUUGUGUACCCUGCUCGCGUUCGCUGCCGCGCAACCGGCCAAGAACGAAAAUUGGAAAAGCGCCAUGGACGAAAUGGUCGGCCAGUCCAGGUCCGAGUGCUCGCAGAAGAACGACGAGAUCGCGUGCAUGAAGUUCAAAGUGUUCAAUCUGCUCGACCAGAUCUUCAGCAAGGAUAACUUCAAGGUGUCGGACACGAUGGAGGUCACACGCAACUCGCACCCCGUCGAGGAAGUGUCCGCUCGCGGAGAGACUUCCUUUUUCGACACCGUGCAAUCCUACUUGGCUUCUCACGACGUGACCUUCAAACUGCCAUUGGACUCCACGGUGAAGGUGAGCUCGCGCAACAUCGAGGACGAUCAGCUCACCUUCGACCUCAAGUUCGGCCAGGGCCGUGCCGUUGAUGAGGCCCGCAGAUCCAAGCUGAAGAAAGUCGUCAUUCCUAUUCUGGUGUUCGUUCUUUUGAAAGCGAUGACUCUGAUUCCUCUGGCUAUAGGAGUGCUCGGUUUGAAAGCAUGGAACGCUCUGCAGCUCUCGUUCUUCAGCUUCAUCGUGUCCGUUGGUAUGGCCAUUUUCCAGCUCUGCAAGAAAAUUGCCGCUGACGGUCACGCUGCACCCAUCGCUCAUGGACCGUGGCAAUAUCAAGCUCAGUACAGGUCUUUCCAGGAUCAGGAUCAGCUGUCGUCGUCGCAAUUCGCUCAGAAUCUCGCAUAUUCCGCUCACGCGCAAUCCUAAUAUCAUUAUUGUCUUAUCGACGCUUUUGUAAAAUAUCUAGUUUCCUAUUUGUGCUGUAUAUUUAAUAAAUUAUUACCGCAAGUCAUUUUUAUA